AUGGCGCUUCUCACUUUCCCAUCUUCUUCUGAAACCCAAAAAGUACAAACCAGACGAAAGGAAAUCCAACCCAAAUCUAAACCUAAAUCCAAACCCAAACCCAUAUCACAAAACCCAUCUUCUUCGUCAUCUUCAUGGGAUCAAUUCAAGAACUUGUUGACCUGCAAACAAAUGGACGUUGUUCAUGGUAGAUCGAAUAAGGUUCAUAUUCCGGUGAAGAAUUCAAAUGGGUAUUCGAAAUUGAGUUCUUGUAGCUCCAUUUGCAGUUUCAGGGAUGUUGUGCAUGGGAAUACUAGGGUUGUUGAUAGAGCUGAUAACUCACCGGAGAGUAGCAGCGUUGGUCUGGAUUCCGGCCUUCUUAGCCGGAAAAAACAGUCAACUACUGGUGGUGGGUCGUCGUCUUCGUCUUCUUCUUCAAGAACGUUGGCGGGUUCGAUGAGAUCCAACGGCCCGGGAAGUCACACGUCAUGUUCGAGAGGCAUGCAGUUUAGAAAGCUUUCUGGGUGUUACGAGUGUCAUGCCAUUGUUGAUCCUUCAAGGUAUACCUUACCAAGAAGUAGCAUUUGUGUGUGUUCACAAUGUGGAGAAGUGUUCCCAAAAAUGGAAAGUUUGGAACAUCAUCAAGCGGUUAGACACGCCGUGUCGGAGCUGGGUCCGGAAGAUUCGGGUCGGAAUAUUGUCGAGAUAAUAUUCAAAUCCAGCUGGCUCAAGAGGGACCAUCCGAUUUUCACCAUCGAACGGAUCUUAAAAGUCCACAAUACACGUCGGACUAUCCAACGUUUUGAAGACUGCCGUGACGCCGUUAAGAUCCGCGCCAACGCUACGGCCUCCCGGUGCGCCGCCGACGGCAAUGAGCUCCUCCGCUUCCACUGCACCACCCUUUCCUGCUCUCUGGGAUCUCGCAACUCCUCCAGCCUCUGCAGCUCCGUCCCCGGCUGCGGCGUUUGCACCAUCAUCCGCCACGGGUUUCAAGGCCCCAAAUCCGGCGGCAUCGGCGGUGGUGACGGUGGAGCAAAGGGUGGCGUGCGUACUACCGCCAGUAGUGGUAGGGCACAUGACUGUCUCGGGGUUGACGCCCAUGGACGGCGGGCGAUGCUGGUAUGUCGGGUUAUAGCUGGGAAAGUGAAGCGCGUGGGUGAAGACGCGCCGCCUGAGGAAGAUGGACCGUACGACUCGGUGGCCGGCUAUGCCGGGUUGUACUCGAAUCUUGAGGAGUUGUACGUUUUUAAUCCUAGGGCUAUUUUACCUUGUUUCGUUGUCAUAUACAAGACCCUUGAAAGCUGACGUCAUUAAUGAGUGUGGAAUUUAAUAUUUGUAUUUUUCUUCCUC